UUCAAGCAUUAAUCUCAUUUGAACUCAAUUUCGAAGUUGAAAAUGGCGGGCUAAUCUUUCUCACUUUCUCUCUCCUCUCUCCUCUCUCUUCUUCCCUCCCAUGGCUUCCUUCCAUACCAGAGCAGAACGAACUGUACUCUCAAAGUUAUCGGAGCUUCGAACAGUUUGCGACAAAGAUAUCGAAAUUCAUCACCAAAAUACUGACUCAAUUUUCGCCUCUUUUGAGAAUUUUCUACAAUCACAUAGAUCCAAAGCUGAACUAACUGUUCAUAAUCAAGCGAAAUUAAGGAAACUCAAAGUUGAAUUAAGAGAAUUGGAGGAUGAAUUGGUCAGAGCUUUGGCAGUUAAGACACGGAAUGAGGCCAAGCGGAUUGCAAUAACAGACUCCCUUUCUGAAAUGAUUGUAAAAGCGGAUGAGCUUCAAAAAAUUGUACAAGAUCAAGCAUCUAAAAAAGAUGAAUAUGCUUCCAUCCUAUCUGAACAGUCAAAAGCUAUUGCUGAAUCUGAAGAGAAUAGUGGGGAAGCUUCUAAGAGCAGAGAAGAAAUACAAGAGGCAUUUAAAUGGUACAACAGGGUACUUGGUUUCCGUAUUGAUGGAGGACAUGGUGUUACAUUCACAUUUACUAACGUCAACAAAAAUUGUCCAGCUGAGGAGUAUUCUUUCACUGUUCGCCAUGCAAGUGAAAAGUAUACUUUGCUUGGUUCUAAGCCACACUUGAAAGAUAUUGAAGAGCUGGUCCAUGAAUUAAACAAGAGCAAUAGCCUAUUCAGAUUUGUUAGAAUUAUGAGAGAAAAAUUCCAGGCUACAUCAUUAGGGCCAGUGUCUCACUUCAUAUAUCAAGAUCAAGAUUGUACCAGUAUCUCAUUAUCUGCUCCAGUUUCCUCAGGUUCAAUUUAUAGCAGAAGUAAAUCGCCACUACCACUUAGAGAAGUCAAUGGAGAUACUAAAAAACUUGAGCAUGGAAAAGGCGCUAAAUCACCUAAUCUCUUCCUAUCUCCUCGACGCUCACCUCGUCUUUUGGGUAAAAAACCUAGAGAAGGAUAAACAUAUGCUGUCCCCAGAAACUGGGGGAAACGUAAUUCAUGGGAAGGAAUAUCAACUGCUAAGUUACGUGGUAACAUCGGGCAGAUUUGCUUAACAGGUUGUGUGAAGCUUAGUCUAGUUGUAUUUAGUAUAUCUAAUUGUAUUUACGCAGUAGUUCUUUUUGCAUAUUUUCUUCUGAAGACUCCAGACUGCAGCUGCUGCCAAGAUGUUUUAAGUCCUUCAACUCCUUUUGUGCUGACGGUUAAAUAUUUGUCAUACGAUGUGCCUUCUGUUUCUUACUUUCCUUCAGUCCUGUCAUUAGUUUUGAGCACUAGGAGUCUUACACUCGAUGGACAUAGCGAAGUAAGUUUAGGCAUGGUAGGUUCAGUUACACUAAGACAUACUGUAAUGUUCUUAUAAUUUGGAGUUUUUUACAGUAA